UUUUCAUAGACGUGUAUUGGGGUUGAGACUAUUUUAGCCAGUACGGUGUCGAUUGGACAUUGCCUUUCUCCCCUCAAAAUCUGGCUGUCUUGAACGAUUUGGUGCCCCGAAAAUCUGCUACUCGCCUUCUUUACGCAACCUUCAGCCUCACAAUUUUCUCUCCCUCUCAGAGCAAAUGAAGAUAUGAGGCCCGGUUCUCUUCACCGAAGAUCUCUGUUCGUGGAUUCCAUCUUCGAACUGAAGCCGACAGUCAAAGAUAGCUCUAUGAAAGAUCAGCCGGCGUGUGAGAAGGAGUCGUGGCCGGCGAUAUUUGGGUCAAUCCGAGCGUGAAGUGGAACAUGUGAGAAAGUAUUUUGUGUUGCUUCAAGAAGGCGAAGGAGCUUCAUCGACAAUCAGUCAAGUCCUCGACCUUCCGCCAUCAUGUACUAGAUAUCCAAGCUAGAGAACCUUUCAUUGGGUAAUCGGGAGAAGAUGGUAAUGCGACUGAUGGAGGCACUGUGCCAGCCCGACAAUAGAGAGCACCGACAUCUACUUUGCAGUGACGGACUACAAUGCCCACGGUGCUGCAUCGGAUGGACGGUGAAGUUCUCUUGCCCACGGCCCGACAAUAGAGAGCAGCGACGUCUACUUUGCAGCACGUGCAUAUGCGGACUUGCCGACACAGAAGGCCCUAAAUUUUUAACCUGGAGGAUCGCAAUUCACACCUCAAGAAAACUGAGAACUCGUGUUGUUAUAAAUCUCGAUCCAGGUAUUUCUGGGAAUGAGAAGAAUUGGGAUCCAUCGUGGAGAGGACAUGCAUUAGUUGACUUCAAGCAUCGGGAGAAGGGACAGAGGUUCCGGCAUUCAUAGUUGAACGUGCUCCCAAGGAUUUACGAGGAGCUAUUUGACAACCAUUAAUUAGUUUAUGAUUUGUACGGGAGUUUCCGUAUCCUUCAUCAUAGGCACAUUGUUAACAUGGCAGGCUUUAGCUUUAGUAGGCAUAAUCCCUUGUGCUGUUCUGCUUUUCGGUCUGUGCAUCAUUCCAGAAUCUCUCUCCAAGGUGGCUGGUAAAUAUCUUCUCAGUUAAAUGACCAAGAUACUGUAAAAAUUGAUGAAGUAAAAUUAUUAUUGUUCAAGGCAAAACAAUGAACUUCUUUACAAAGAAUGCCGACAUAUCUGCUGUGGCAGCUGAGAUUCAAGUAUCUAUACUCUUGAACUCCAAAUUCUUAUAAUUUCACUUCAUCGAUCAUCUUUAUAGAAAAAGACGAUAAUCUCUUUUUUUUUUUAAAAACAAUA